AGAAGAAGAAGAGGAGGAAGUGCCUAUAGCAGCGUGUGUGUUUAUCAUCUCAGAAGCGAGAACUGGUUUUAUGGGAAUAAUCAAAUAUUUCUACGGCAGUUACUCUUAACAGAUUGAAAUGAGUUUAUUCGGGACGAACACGGGCUUUGGGUCCGGAGGAACAGGUGUAUUUGGCACCACCACCACAGACAGCCAUAAUCCAAUGAAGGAUGUUGAAGUAACAUCGCCACCCGAUGACAGCAUAAGCUGCUUGGCAUUCAGUCCUCCUACAAUGCCUGGGAACUUUCUCAUCGGAGGCUCGUGGGCCAAUGACGUGCGGUGCUGGGAGGUUCAAGAUAAUGGUCAGACUGUCCCUAAAGCCCAGCAGAUGCACACAGGCCCAGUGCUGGAUGUGUGCUGGAGUGAUGAUGGCAGUAAAGUCUUUACAGCCUCCUGUGACAAAACUGCCAAGAUGUGGGAUCUGAACAGCAAUCAGACCAUUCAGAUAGCACAACAUGAAGGCCCAAUCAGGACAAUUCACUGGAUUAAAGCACCAAACUACAGCUGUGUUAUGACUGGCAGCUGGGACAAAACACUGAAGUUUUGGGAUACACGUUCCCCAAAUCCAAUGAUGUCCCUGCAGAUGCCAGAGAGGUGUUUUUGUGCAGAUGUGGUAUAUCCUAUGGCUGUUGUAGCCACUGCAGAACGUGGUCUUAUUGUUUACCAGUUGGAAAAUCAGCCUUCAGAGUUUCGACGUAUAGAGUCACCUCUGAAGCAUCAGCACCGCUGUGUGGCUAUCUUUAAGGACAAGCAGAGUAAACCUACUGGUUUUGCACUGGGCAGUAUCGAGGGACGAGUUGCCAUUCAUUACAUAAACCCACCUAACCCAGCCAAGGACAAUUUCACCUUUAAGUGCCACAGGUCCAAUGGAACCAAUACUGCCACACCCCAAGAUAUUUAUGCUGUGAAUGCUAUCUCCUUUCACCCAGUCCAUGGCACUCUGGCGACAGUAGGAUCUGAUGGGCGCUUCAGUUUCUGGGAUAAAGAUGCCCGCACUAAGCUGAAGACCUCUGAACAAUUAGAUCAACCAAUAACAGCUUGUUGCUUCAAUAACAAUGGAAACAUAUUUGCCUAUGCUUCCAGCUAUGACUGGUCUAAGGGACAUGAAUAUUACAAUCCCCAGAAAAAGAAUUACAUCUUCUUGAGGAAUGCGGCUGAGGAACUGAAGCCUCGGAACAAGAAAUGAUUCGUCAAGCUUCACAUCACAUCUCGGAAGACCUGCGUUUGUGUGUAAAUAUGGGAGAGAGACCUCAAUUUGGCUAACACCUGGACCAAUGGCAUGGCAAUGCAUAAUUUUUAUGGACAAAUCAGAAGGUGGCCAACUGCUCAUAAGCAUUAAUGUGAGCAGUGGCUUUUGAUACGAGUAAGGAAGCCAUGGUUCAGUAUUUCUGGUGUAACUGAUGUA